UUUAUUUAAUUAAUUUUUUUUUUAAAUAGGGAAAUUAACAGAUAAUAAACAUUACAAGUAUGCGUGUUACUAUUCAAUGUAGUCAACAAGGAAAAGGAGAAAACAGCCCUUUCUCUCUCUCCUCUCCAAUUAUCUGUGAAUUUCUCUCUCUAGUCUCUCAUUUUCACAGGUUUGAGAGCUUCGUUUCUUUGAUUCUUUCUCUUAUUUUGUCGCAUUUUAUUUUUCUAGAUCUCUGUUUGGUCCGGAUUCAUUGCUUAUUCAGCCCCCAUCUUUUGUGUGCGUGGUGGUGGUUUCAACUCUUUUUAGAGGCUUGAAUUGAUUUCUAUUUUUCCUUUUUUUCUUUUGGGGAAGAGUGUUGAUUGUGAAUGAUCUAUGAUGUGCUGUAUGAUUGUGCUGCUCUUUUUGAGUUUUGACCACUAAACUAGAGAGAGAAAAUCACAUAAAGUGAACUAGAGAGAGAAAGCAGUAAGAGAGAGAGAGAGGGAAAGAUGUACCUUUUGAAGGAGUGGAAUGCUGCUUGGUUCCAUUCUCUCUUUAGCCUUUUCCACUCCACACAUGUGUUCUUGUUUCCUUGAAAGCCUUUGGUUUUUGGGGAUUAUUGGGGAUUUUUUUUUUUUUUAAACCCUAGAAGAGGAUUUUGCCAAUAUGCCUAUGUAUCAGCCUUCAAAGAGAGAUGGGCUACUUGGAUUUGAGGGUUUUGGAGAUGGUCUUAUAUUAGAUCUAAAUACAGAGGCGAAGCAUGGUGUUGCAGCAGCUGCGAUUUACGGUGGAGGUGGGAUUGGUGAGAAAUUGGAUCUGAAGAAGAUGAUUGAGGAGCUGAAUUUACCAGAAGUGCCAUUGGUUUUUGUUUGCCCAAUUUCUCUUGAACCAAUGCAAGAGCCAGUCACCCUUUGCACAGGGCAAACCUACGAGAAAUCGAACAUCCUCAAAUGGUUCAGCUUGGGCCACUACACUUGCCCCACCACUAUGCAAGAACUCUGGGACGACACGAUUAUGCCGAACAGUACGCUCCACCAUUUAAUCUACACUUGGUUCUCUCAAAAGUAUGUGCAGAUGAAGAAGAGAUCCGAAGAUGCCCAGGGAAGAACAUCCGAUCUUCUCGGCACUCUUAAAAAAGUUAAAGGCCAGGCGAGAAUCCAAACCCUCAAAGAGCUCAAGCAAGUCGUGGCGAACCAUUCAACCGCUAGGAAAACGGUUGUUGACGAAGGAGGGGUGGCGCUUCUUUCGUCUUUACUCGGUCCCUUUACCUCGUAUUCCGUAGGCUGUGAAGUCAUCGCCAUUCUCGUGAAUUUGACACUAAAUUCUGAAUCGAGGUCGAAUUUGAUGCAGCCCGCAAAGAUAUCGUCCGUUGUGGAUACUUUAAACGAAGGGUCUUUAGAAACGAAAGUCAAUUGUGUCCGUCUGAUCGAGAGAUUGAUGGAGGAGAAAGACUUCCGUGCGGAAAUAAUCUCGAGCCAUAGCUUGUUGGUUGCAUUGAUGAGGUUGGUUAAAGAUAAGAAACACCCAAACGGUCAUUUGCCGGGGCUUAGUCUUCUCAAGCUAAUUAGCAUGCAUAAUCAGGUACGGAGUUUGAUUGUGAGCAUUGGAGCAAUACCUCAAUUAGUUGAAUUGAUACCACUCUUGAAUCAAGAGUGCUUGGAGUUAGCCUUGUUUAUAUUGGAUGCUCUGUCUUGUGUGCCCGAAGGGAGACAGGCUUUGAGGGAUUGUUCGAAAACUAUACCUAGUAUGGUAAAGAUACUGAUGAGAAUAUCCGAAAGCUGUACAGAAUAUGCUCUUUCGAUCUUGUUGUCUGUGUGCAAACUAUCGCCGGAGGAAUGCUCAUCCGUAGCUGUGGAUGCAGGUCUUGCUGCAAAGCUACUUCUUGUAAUCCAGAGCGGUUGCAAUCCAGCACUCAAGCAGAGGGCGGCCGAGCUAUUGAAGCUAUGUAGUUUGAAUUAUUCAGAUACAAUCUUCAUUUCCAAGUGCAGAUUAACCAGGACAAUCCAAUGAAUUUGGAGCGUUGACCAUCUCGGAUAAAGUCAAACUGAGAAGUUUGCAGAGUCGUGAGACGCGGAUUUUGCUUUCCUUGUAUAGUAUUUGGGCUGUUGGUUCGAACAAAUGUGGGGUUUCAGUAUUUGCGUUUGCUUUCACGAUACAGUUUGUGGCUCUUGCCAAACUUUCAAUCGGAAAGUUUGUAGUGUUGCUCCCGCAUUUUCGGAAUCCUAGAGGAUUGGAAGGCCCUCGAAUAAUCUUUGCAACUUUGUCAAAAUUUUGUACGGGCAGAGGGUAGAAACGAUGUAUAAAGGGGUCUCUUUUGGCUCCAUCCAUUCAACAUGUAUAUUUUCUUCACGAAAUUUCUUUUUUAUUCUUAUGGAUAAACAUCUUCUAUAUUA